ACUUGGUAGCACAAAACUAAUGUUUAAAAAACGUACAGGUAUAUAUACCGUUAUAUGUAUAGGGUACACCAUUAGAAAGGACAGAGGUAUAGUUGUCCUUUUGGAAGGCAGGAGGGUUUGGUCAUGUGCUGCUGUCUCAAACUGUAGUAUAUUCGGACCCUUAUCGUGAAUAAGACACAUAAUAUUCUUCAAAUCUUCAACCUAUGGCUUCCAACAGCCUAUAAAUACCCCUCCUUAAGGGCCUAAGAGCCUUGAUUGCAGCCUCAAAAACUCUCUGGUCAGUUGCUUCGGUUCAGUUGCAUUACUAAGGCAAUGGCAGGGAAGCUAACUAUUGUGAUGUUCUUGCUUGCUAUCAUGCUACUUUUACUAGCAGAGAACAAUGCUGCUACCAGCAUUAGUGAGGCACCUGCUCCACAGCCCCAGCCACCCAGCAACUUUACCAUGCAUGGAAUAACUCAAGGCAGCCUUCAUCCACAAGAGUGUGCUCCUCGGUGCAGUUCAAGAUGUUCAAGGACACAAUACAAGAAGCCAUGCUUGUUCUUCUGCAAUAAGUGCUGCGCCAAGUGCUUGUGUGUGCCACCCGGAACUUACGGAAACAAGCAAGUCUGCCCUUGCUACAACAAUUGGAAGACCAAGAGAGGAGGUCCCAAGUGCCCUUGAUCACAUCAUAUAUAAGCAGCCUUAGUAUGUGCCCUGUAACUAAUCGGAUUGGCUGUAGAAUGAUUUGUUGUAUUUAGCAUUUUAUUUAUAAUAAAAGGCAUUCUUACCUUCUAGUUUUAUUCAAUUCUAUACUCAUUUUAUAAGGUAAGAUCCAUAGAAUAAUUAUGCUUUACAAAGAGAAUUACAAAUAAGUUAUAAUU